UAACUGUUCAUAAUUUCUACUAAUUUAAUCUUGAUAUAAUCUAAUCUUGAGUUCGCGUUUUUCCAACCAAACAUAAACAAAAUAAACAAAUUUGCCAGUUUAUUGCUUAAAAAGAUAAAAAUAAUUAUAAAAAUGACAUCAAAGUCAACAACAAAUUCAACGGCAAUGGACAGUCGUAAAGAAUUGUCGGAGUUGAUCAAGAGAAAAGCAGAAAUAUCGGCUGAUCUGGAGAGUCUUGAGAGACAGAUUUUUGCAUUUGAAGGAUCAUAUUUGGAAGACACUCAAUUAUAUGGAAACAUCAUUAGAGGCUGGGAUCGAUAUUUAACAACAAAUAAAAGUACAAAUUCUAAAGCUGACAAAAGAAAUCGAAAAUUCAAAGACAACGAAAGAUUAUUUAGUAAAUCCAGUGUCACUUCAUCAGCUGCUGUAAAUGGAACACUUCAUGAAUCCAAAGCAAAUGAUUCAAGUGAGGAUGAUGACAAUUUGCUUUCUGGAUUAAUAUCGUCAAACAUUCACCAUUCAGAUCUAAGUAGCAGUUUGAAGAUGGAAAGCAAAUAUUUAUCGUCUGUUGAUAGUGAAAUGAACGAAAUAAAUUUAGAUAAGAGUUUUAUAAAGAACGAAGAAUCACUGGAUCUUGAUCGAGAACUUGAUUUGCAAAACUGCAUUGAAGAUUUCGAUCGAAUCAUCUAUCAAAUUCCCGAGGAAUUCACUAUCAAUUCUGAUUUUUGUGACGGUGAUUCAAAUCAGAAUUUAUCAAGUGAAUUUUCAUAUAUUGAAAACGAUAUUGAUCGAGGAACUAUUCACCAUCAAAUUAAUGAAAAUGAAAUAAAUCUCACGAUCCGUCCAAGACAGGAAAACUUUUUUGGAGAGCCAUCACAUGCAACAAUAACAAUUGAAGGUAGCGAAGGAUCCAUCUCUCGUUAUCGAUGCAAUUAUGAAACAUGUAAUCGUUCUUACAGUACUGUUGGGAAUUUGAGAACGCAUUUAAAAACACAUAAAGGUGAAUAUCGUUUCAAGUGUUCAGAGCAAGGAUGCGGAAAAGCUUUCUUAACGUCAUAUUCUCUCAAAAUUCAUAUUAGAGUUCAUACAAAGAUCAAACCAUUUGAAUGUACUGAGAGUGGCUGUGAAAAAGCAUUCAACACAAGAUAUCGACUGAGAGCUCAUCUUCGCCUUCACAAUGGAGAAACAUUUAAUUGCAGUAAUUGUGCCAAAUUCUUCACGACUCUAAGUGAUCUUAAGAAGCAUUUUCGUACACAUACUCAGGAGCGACCAUACAAGUGA